GUCCCCUGUGUCCCAUCCCCCCCCAGCACCCUCAGUGACAUCUCUGUCCUGAAGCUGAAAGUGGACAAGUGCUCUCGACAGGACACCGUCUUCAUGAAGAAGCACUCGCAGCAGCUGUACAGACACAUUUACCUGAGCUGCAAGGAGGAGUCCAAUGCACAGCAGCACUACGAGGCCCUGUACGGCCCUGCUGGCUUGCUCAGCGUGGAGCUGGCCAACGAGGAGGUGGUGGUGGACCUCAUCCGCUUGGUGCUGGCUGUCCAGGUGGGCCGGAGCGGGGCUGGGGGCCCAAGGGCUGAUGGGAGCACGGCUGCUUUGGCCUCAAAGCCCGUGGCCUCUAGGUUGCCACUGGGCUGUUCUGGGGACAGGGGCGCUCAGGGGUGGAGCGCGAGGUGGCACCAGGCGAGGGCAGGCCCUGGCACGUCAGCUUCAGCUCCCACAGCCCUUCUCUGUUGCUUCAGGAUGUGGCCCCAGGUCAACGAGGAGAACUUGCCCGUGUACAACCGCUGUGCCCUGUACGCGCUGGGCGCUGCCUACCUGAACCUCAUCAGCCAGCUCACCGCCGUGCCUGCCUUCUGCCAGCACAUCCAUGAGGUAAUCGAGACCAGGAAGAAGGAGGCCCCCUACAUGCUGCCUGAGGACGUGUUUUGUGGAGAGGCCCAGGUACGAUUUCUCAAAAAUCUUGACGGAGUGGCCAUCGAGUUUCUCUUUCGCCAGAGCAAGAUCAGCGAGGUGCUGGGGGGCAGUGGCUACAACUCAGACCGGCUCUGCCUGCCCUAUAUCCCCCAGCUGACAGAUGAGGACCGCCUGUCCAAGAGGAAGAGCAUCGGGGAAACCAUCUCCCUGCAGGUGGAGGUGGAAUCCAGGAACAGCCCCGAGAAGGAGGAGCGAGUUCCGGCCGAGGAGAUCACCUAUGAGACGCUGAAGAAGGCCAUUGUGGACAGUGUGGCUGUGGAGGAACAGGAGCGGGAGCGGCGGCGGCAGGUGGUGGAGAAGUUCCAGAAGGCUCCCUUUGAGGAGAUCGCGGCCCACUGCGGGGCUCGGGCAUCGCUGCUGCAGAGCAAACUCAACCAGAUCUUUGAGAUCACCAUCCGGCCCCCUCCCAGCCCGUCGGGCACCAUCACAGCUGCCUACGGGCAGCCGCAGAACCACUCCAUCCCUGUCUACGAGAUGAAGUUCCCAGAUCUCUGCGUGUACUGACUUCCAAGAGACAGAGCUCGGCCGGACAGGCAUCCAAAGGAGGGGCUCACCCUUGCCCACCCCUACGACUCAGAAUCUAACCAAGCUCUCAGAGGACCAGCCCCCCAAUGACAGUGCCAGGAGGACUCCUGUGGGCGGGGGUACUGAGCCCCUUCCUGGCCCUCUGCUCCCUCCGUACACCCCCUGGGGCCUAUAAGCACCUUGCCUGCAUCUUGGCCUCUUUGUGUCAGUGGGGGGCGGGUGCUGAGACUCGACUCUUGGGGAUGUCCAGAGAAUAAUGCCAGGCAGGACCUUGAGGGGCUGGAGGGGAGCCCAAGAGCCACAAUCAGGAAGAAUGAACAUGACUAGAAGAUGAUGGCAACCAUCCCCACCUGGCACCAGCGCCCUCUAGUGUCUGCUAUCUGCCCCCUUCCCCUCCUGACUUGCCCCCUGCCCUGUGACUCUUGUUAUCAGUCAAUGCUGAGCCUUCCCACAAGCCCGGGCAGAAACUUCACAGGGCAGCAGAGAGGGUCAGGCUGCCGGCUUUGUGGGGAAGGGAGGCUCUACCAGGCCGGGAGAGGGCCCUGAACAAGCCCCUCAUUCCAGCAUCCACUCACUCCGCCUUCCCAGGGAGCUUGCCUGUCCCCACCUUGGUCCUCACCCUUCUGGACGUCUCCAGCGCUGUGUUCUCGGUCCUUGCUGCCUUUCUUCCCAAGGGGCCCCAAGGUGUCUGCAGCCUCAGGGAGGGGGGUGGGCAGCAGCACAUCUGGACUCACUCAGGAAGAGGCAGGCUGCCUGUGUCCCCAGCAUGCCCAGGCAGACAGGUGGCAUUCUGUGACUCCAGGAUGGCAGAGGUCACCUUUGGGAUGACUGGUGUGAGAGGAGGAGGAGCCAGCACCUCGCCCUAAAAGGAUUUCUUCCCUCCCUGAACCAGUAGCCAGCAGGCAGAACUUGGGGCCCACCUGUGUCCAGGGUUUCCUGAGGACUGUUCACCCUCCUGUGCAGAGAGGAAGCCCAGCCCAGGGAGCUGCCCACUCUCAUCUCCCCCCUCCCUGGCUCUGGGGCCCUUGUGCCUUGUCCUGUCCUCCCCUGCAUCAGAGCAAACACUCCUUCCUCUUCCAUGACUUUCCUGAGCUGCUGUCACCCACUGGAAAGUGCGAGUGGUCACGCCAGUCCUCCCUGGAGAACAUGCUUUUUGUGUAGAUUUCUUGACUGGAAGGAAUUCCACUCGAUUCACUAGGGAGCAGGAUGCUGGGAUGGAGGCAGCCUCUUUCUGGAGAGGGGGGAGGCAGGCUCCAGGGGCCCUGGGGUAACACCACUCUCUAACCCUACAUAGAUGUACAAGGAAUAGCUAUCCACUAAGAAACACUGGUGUACCCCCUCCGCAAAGCCAGGGGAAUCAUAGCACACACAUAUCCCCACGACAAGCAGCAGAUUCCUUGAGUAGAGAGACCAGCCCACCCUCCUUCCAGGCCCACAGCUUCCAGAAGGCCUGCAUUGGUCAUAGAGUUCAGGAGAUUGCUCCCCUACUCCAGCACCUGCCCCCCAGUAACUCUUGGCUUUGCACUAUGGCUUUUGACUUCUUCUCAACCCCAAAUUACCAGCAUGAACUUCAGUUCCUCUUGACUGUAAUAUCUCUUUAUUAGGACACCAAAUUUAACUGGGGACAGACUCUAGCCAGGUCACUGUAAAGAAAGGUCUCACUCUCAAACCAUAGGCAGAACCAUAGGCAUGUUUUACCUCCCCGGAUCUUCCUGUCUUUUAUUUCCUGCUCAUUCCCAUAAGAAACCCUGUCUUCCCUCCUGCUGGACAGAGGACUCGCCCACCCCCACCCCCACCUGGGCACCUUAGCCUGAGAUCUGCCUUGAGGGCCUGGUUCUGGUGUAAGGGGGUCUUUGCCCCAGGGGGGUCUUUCUAGAAACAGCUCUGCCUGCAGGACCACACAGCUGUGCCCCACACACACCCGGGGAGGGGACUGAGUGAGAGUGUGAGCCCCCAUUCUUGUACACCCCACCGUCGCCUCUCUGAAGCUGCCUUUCUUUCGUCACCACCACUUUUCGAGAAUGUGCUUCCUUUGAGUUGCUGGCUGUCUUUUGAGUGCCUUCUUCCCAGUUUGUUAGACUUGCUCUCAGUAGAAUGAAACUAGGCUCCUGAUGAUGCAGAACUGAGCCCAGUUCUGGCCAAGCAAGCCCCAGACUCACUGAGUUUCAGGUGGGCAUUAGCGUGAACAUCACAGAAAGUGGUAAAGUGAGCUCGUUCCCAGCGCAGAUUCUGGGAGAUAGCUAUGGGGGGAGGGGGGGUCAGAACCACUGUUCAGUGGUGGUACUGGAGAUUGAACCUGGGACCUCAGGGAUUCAGGCAUAAAGAAAGUCUUUUGCACAACCAUUAUGCUGUUUCCCUAGCCCUGGACUGCACUUAAAUGGUUCAGAGCCAGACUUGUGGACGCCUCCUCUGGGACCCCUGGAUGACAUUACGGAAUUGCUGUUCCAUUGUCCCCAGACCUUCCAAAGUUGAGGACUGAGAGAGAGAGAGCCAGGUCUGAGUGGUCAGGCUGAGUGCCAAGUUAAAAGCAGUUGGGACAAAGGCUCCUGGGGGUGGGGUGGGAUGGGGCCCCCAUACAAGGCCUCCUCCUCACAUGGACAGUGUGUUGCUUCUCUGUGCCACUGACUCUCAAAAUCUGGUCAAAAUCUUGUCUCUAGUCUGGCAGAGAUCUGGAGAUGGAAGGGGGGGGGGUGAUAGGACCUGGUUUGCCAGGGAAAUGGGGUGAAGUUACAGGGGCCAGAAGGCAAUUUCUGUGCUCUUUGUCCUUAGAUGGAUCAGAUAGGUGGUCCUUGGGGCUCAACCGUGAUGUUCCCCACUUUGAGCUUCUCCACGAUGGUUGGUCCUGACCUGAGAUGGGCAGAAUUGUAAAGUCUCAAAUGCUGCGACCCAUGAUUGUAACGUUGCAUCUGUGAGCCCUGGCCAAGUGUGUGUGGUCCUGUGCGUGCAUGUAUGUGUGUAUGUGAGCUACGUCGAGGUUCUCCUCACAUUUGUAUAAGAACCGACAUAUUUAUAUUUGUGUGUAGAACUCGUACCUGUGGCCAUUUUCUGUGGUAAAAACGCAUUGAAUCAAAUUUGCUUUCUUUUAAGGGGGGAGGGGCAGGCAGUGUAGGGAAAAGGGUUCUUAGCAACAUUCUUAGGCCUCAAGUUGUGAGCUUCCAUGAUGCCCUUUUCAAAUAAAUGUUAAUGUUGUCAUCA